UCGAACGCCAGAGGCCGCUGCCGCGCGAUUUGCGCCGGUUCACGCGUAGUUCCGUGAAUUAAAUCGGAAUUAUUUAAUUAAAAAAUAAUACUGGCUGGUUAUAAAAUUAUCUUUUAAAAAUUAAUUUAUUUUCGUUAUUUGAAUUUAGAACAGAUUUUGUUUUGACAUUUUCCUUUUGUUAUUGUUGUUUUUUAACGUUAAAAUGGUGAACAAAGUGUACGAAAUCACACCAAGCAAAGAAGAGAAGAGAGGAAGCAAACACAAUCAAAUACUUAUGUCGAUAGUUGUAUGUAUGCCGAUAUUAGCCUAUGGUACAGCUAUGGGUUGGAUAUCUCCUAACAAAGCUCUACUGAUGGGGGAAUCCUCACCAUCAGACGCUCCACUAUCAGAAGAAGAUGUCUCCUGGAUGGCGUCAAUCAUGUUCAUCUUUGCACCGAUAGCUGUCUUCAUUUAUGGAGUAGCUGCUGACAAAUUUGGAAGGAAAAAUGCGUUGCUAUGCGCUUCUCUGCCAAUAUCUCUGGGUUGGGCUAUCAAGUUAAUGUGCACGCACCCGAUAGCACUAAUCGGUGCGCGUGCACUGAUCGGGUUUGGGUCCGGCGGCGGUUUUGUCGUCUGCCCGCUGUACGUCAAAGAGAUCAGCGAGGACAGCAUAAGAGGAAUGACUGGGACGUUUGUUAUAUUCUCACAGACAGUGGGUAACCUGGUCGUGUUCGUGCUGGGCGAUCUUCUUCCAUUCAACACGGUGCUCUGGAUCCUUCUAGCAAUACCCUUAGUCCACUUCUGUAUAUUGCUAAGGUUGCCGGAAACGCCGUCGUAUUUAGUCAAGUGUGGAAGGAAUGAAGACACAGCGAAGGUCCUCGGCUGGCUGCGGUCACUCCCUCAUACAGACAAGACUAUAAGCGAAGAAGUUGACCGACUUAUCAUCGAGCAGACCACAAGUGAACUUAAAUUCUCGCCGAGACUUUUAUUUUCCGACAAGACAGCAGUUAAGGCAUUCUGGGUGGCAUUAAUAGUGAAUUUAACGCGUGAAUUCUGCGGUUGUAUCGCUGUUUUGGUUUACGCCAGUCAUAUCUUUGCUGAAGCUGGCAAAGAUCCUGAUACAAGUAUUGCGUUAUCACCGAACAAGCAAUCAAUUCUACUCGCUGCUGUACAAAUUAUUGGCUCUUUCUUGGCUUGUCAACUCGUCGAUAGAGCUGGUAGAAAGCCACUUCUAGCAGUAACAAGCGUGGUUGCGGGCUUCAGCAUGUGUCUGCUGGGAGUGUGGUUCUAUCUUUCCACCGUUGAAUUCGAACUUUGCCUCCGUGGCACCGUAGCGACGCUCAUUAUGGCGAUAUCUCUCGGUACAGAUUUCGCGUUAUUAAAACUUUUCGCACCUCUAAAUACAUGGAUUGGAUAUCAUUCUACAUUCUGGGUGUUCAGUUUUAUCUGUCUAUCGAACGUCUUCUAUCUCAUCUUCUGCGUCCCAGAGACUAAAAUGAGAAGUCUAGAAGACAUUUACGCGGAUCUAGAAGGAAAGAAGAGAAAAAAAGGGGAAAAAGUAGUGGAGACGAAUCACGUAUGA